AUGAGUUCUGUUCCCACUUCAUCUCAUUUAUCGGCAUCGCCAACUCCAGGUCCUGGCGGCCAUCGAAUUCAUCGCCACAGGAGAUCAGCCGCUAUUUCUGGAGAUUUUGAUGUUAUUGGGCUAGGAUUAUUCUCUCCUCCUCCUCCAAUCUCCAAGACGUCUAGACACACUUCAAUAUCUUCAAGUUCCCAGAACUUGAUUUCGCAUUCCACCUCGCAUCAAAGACUGUUUCUGAGCUCAUACUUAUCACAAGCAAAAACUGCUAUCGAGGACCCCGAUAAGCGUUUUCAGCGUUCCAGUGAUGAUGAUUUCACAAAUAAGCCUCAGCAAGAUCCAUUUCAUUUUCCUGUCAAAAGUCCGGAGAUGUUUCUGCUGUCAUUGCCUUCAACUCCGAAGUAUAUGGCAUCUCCAAUACGCAAAUAUGGAGACGUUAGUCUUAAUUCACCUAUAAGACUUAAAAAUACGAAGAACGCAUCUUCAAUUAAUUGUCCGUCAACUCCAAAAUUGUUCUUAACAGAGGAAACAACCUUAAACAAUGAGAAUAUACCUGAUCCUGUAAUAGAUUUGGAUGAAAUCUUGAAUGCAAACACUGCAAAUGGUGAUAACGCUGUACAUGAUUGCGAAUUUGGACUUAGAAAUCAAGAUGAUUUUCUUGCAUCACCAUUUACGAAACUGGGACUGUCUGCCUUCUCUUUACAGACUUACAGCUCGCCUUCAUACAUGAAGCAACCAAUUCGUGAGCAAGCGGCUGACGCCAUAGUUGAAGAAGACGAUUUGGAUGAAUUUCAACUGGCUGAAGAGGAAAUACUUGAAGAAAGAAGUGAAGGUACAACUGUUUUGGACGAGAAUGAUAUUGAUGUUGGCUCGGAUGUUUUCGCUAAUCCCCAGGAUACUUUUAGCGGUCUCUAUCUGACCCUCUCUGCGAACUCAUCGAACUCCAGUCUUCCUUCCACCGGGGGUAAUCGAAUGCUAUUCCCGUCCGUGAUUGAGAAAACUUCUUCAAAUUCUUCAAAGGAUUCCGGAGUUUCGACAUUUUUUUCAUUCAAUGGAACUCCUACUUCGAAGCGAUCGAGUGCUAUGGCAACGCGGUACCAAUCUUUUUAUGAUCAAUCGUACAAGAUUUCGAGUGCAUUAAAAUACUCAUCGACGGAAAGUAUUCCAAUAGUUUCAUCGCAAGGCUCUGAGAAUGUGAAUUGUGUUAUUGCUUCCUCUGGAAAGGAAAAUAACACAACGGGCUCGAAAAUAUUGGGUCACUCGUCGAGUCUACCCAGUUUAAAGUCAAACGUCAUGCGCCCCAUACCUGUGAGAUAUAACGACUUCCGAACCAAACGGGAUGUUAAAGCUGGUAAAGUUUGUCUGCAAAUCAACAAGACUCCGGCUUUUCGGGAGCACCUGUCGAGGUCCCCGAACAGUUCACUUCCGAUCACAUCGAAUGCUGUAACUCUGUCACCUUCAAAAAAGCUUCAAUCUAAAGUUAUUGACCUACACUCUGGGCUGAGCAAGCAGAAGAAGAACAUACAUGCGCCACCGAGCUCGAAGGUAUCAAAUAGUCCAUCUAGUUUGGUCUCUGAGUACUCUUCUACGGUGACUUCUGCUGGGGAAGCAUCGACAGAUCAUUCUUCGGUUAUGUCUCAGGGAGACGUCCUUGUAUCAAGCUUGAAAACUAGUGCCAGUGAGAUGUCGAGAAGCUCGACUCCAAUUAUUGUUGUCAGUACUGAAUGUGAAAGUUUGACAUUGUCCAAACCACCAGCAAAUGAGCAUUUUAAUUCAGGUUCUUCCUUUGAAUCCAUCCGGCAAGAGAAUGAUGGAUUCAGGCAAGAGAAUGCAUCUCGUCGGAGUUCUCGCCGGGCGAUGUCACCUAGUGAGAAGAAGAUUUUGGCUUCGACAGAGAUACCCCCCCUCCGAAAGCAGGGAAAGACGAAAAGCGUUAGCAGAACAGCUACGACCAAUGACUACGUGGGAUCGCGUUCUGAAACAACGCAAGCAACAAUCGGAGAUGUGCAUUCCACUGAUGAUGGUUCAUCUACUUUAAAGAAACAAGGGCGUCGGAAGUCGGACAGGUUCUCAUCCUGGUUCAGAAGACAUAAAUAA